UCAGAAGCGCUGGUCAGACAGACAGACAGACAGACAGACAGACAGACAGACAGACACAAAGGUACGCGCUGUUUCGGCCUGAUUUCUAACCGCAGACUUAAUUGUUUCAGCCAUGGCGCCUUUUUGUUUCAAUAUUUAAUUUAUUUAUAUAGUUUAGUGAUUAUUAUCCAUCUGGAGCGCGCUCCUUUACUCGUCUGGACGCCGUGUGCGCGCAACAGAUUUCUCUCCGGCGAGACAGAAGACGGUGUUGAUGUAGACGUCGUUUUCCUUUCUUUCUCUUUAUUUUAUAGAAUUUAUUUCUCUGCACGCGCUGCGCCCCUCUCCGUCUGCCGGUUUGGACUGUUCCGGGGUGUGUUUCUGCGUGAAAGUGUGUGUGAUCACACAGACACAGACACACACACGCGCGCUCGCAGGCUGGCAGACGCACACAGACGUGAGUUUAGUGCUUUAAAUAAAGAAAAAAGAAAAAAGUGGAAGAAAGAAGAGUUUUGGAUUAAAAGUGUUCGCGUCUUCAUGUGGAAUUUUACUACAAGAAGUGAAACAAUGCGCAGCGCGUGCCUUGUGCUGUUCACUCUCUUGGUGUCUGGAUUUGGUCUUGUGGUGGGUCGGACGCUAAGGUACCGUGUGUAUGAGGAGCAGGAGGCGGGAACCGUUAUCGGCUCAUUGAAGGAGGAUGCGCGUGAUGUGUUAUCUCACCUGCCCAACACUGUGCCCUUACGUUUCCGGUCUGUGCAGCGUGGCGGUGCGAGCGCCUUAGCGGUACGUGAGCGUGAUGGAGAGAUCAGUGUAAGAGGCCGACUGGAUCGUGAAAAGUUGUGUGACCGGAACCCAAACUGCUCAGUGGAGUUUGAUGUGCUGACCCUGCCCACUGAGCACCUGCAACUCUUCCAUGUGCAGGUGGAGAUACUGGAUGUGAAUGACCAUGCGCCACGCUUCCCACGUGCAGUCAUCCCUCUGGAGAUCUCAGAAACAGCCUCCGUAGGGACACGGGUCCCUCUGGACAGUGCUGCGGACCCGGAUGUUGGUGAGAAUGCUCUGAGCACAUAUACCUUGAGUGCAUCUGACACCUUUGGAAUCGAUGUCCUUACUGGAACAAAUGGUGCCAAGUACGCUGAGCUAGUGGUGCUAAAGGAACUUGAUCGGGAGACACGUUCCAACUAUGAGCUACGACUUACAGCAUCAGAUGGUGGCUCACCUCCCAGAACUGGAACCACACUUUUGAAGAUCACAGUCGCCGAUUCGAAUGACAACAAUCCUAUCUUUGCAGAGCCGUCAUAUACCAUUGACCUCCCAGAGGAUGCGGCACCAGGUGUGUUGCUGGUGGAUCUGAAUGCCACAGAUGCAGAUGAAGGCACAAAUGGCAAGAUCGUCUACUCCUUCAGCAGCCAUGUCUCUCCAAAAGUAGUAGAAACGUUCCGUAUCGACCCAGACACAGGUCACCUUAGUCUGCUCAGGAAGGUGGACUUUGAGACAGAUGAUUCGUAUGACGUAGAUGUCCAGGCGCAAGACUCAGGGCCAAACUCAAUGCCAGCACACUGCAAGAUCACCAUCAAGGUAAAGGAUGUCAAUGACAACAAGCCAGAAGUCAGUGUGAGCUUGAUGGGAAAUGAUGAGGAAGCAGCACUGGUCUCGGAGUUAGCGCCCAUAGACACGUUUGUAGCACUUGUGCGAGUGGAUGAUGCAGACUCGGGUUUAAAUGGCGAAGUUGUGUGCCGGCUUGCUCGCGAAGGUCACUUCCGGCUUCAGAAGACACAUGAGAAGAACUAUGUAAUCCUCACGAAUGCCACUCUAGACCGAGAGACUAGCUCGGAGUAUGGUCUUACGAUAAUUGCUGAGGACAGGGGGACUCUGAGCCUGUCUACUGUGAGACACUUCACAGUGCGUGUACAGGAUGAGAACGAUAACGCACCCCACUUUGAAAAGAGCCGCUAUGACAUCUUUAAAGAUGAGAACAACUCUCCUGGUGCGUACCUCGCCACGGUGCAUGCUAGCGACCCGGACCUAGCCACUAAUGGCCAUGUAAGCUACUCUGUUUUAGAGGGCAUGGUGCACGGAAGCUCCAUUUCUACUUAUGUCACCGUAGAUCCAUCAAGCGGUGCCAUUUAUGCCUUACGCACUUUUGACUAUGAGGAAAUUAGCCAUAUUAGCUUCAUGAUUCAAGCAAGUGACUAUGGCAAUCCAUCGCUAAGCAGCAAUGUGACUGUUGUCUUAAACGUUCUAGAUGUGAAUGACAAUCGGCCAGUUAUAGUAUCACCUCCACUUCGGAAUCACACCACUGAGUUCACAAUUUCCAAGUAUUCAGACUAUGGUGAUCUCAUAACCACAAUCACGGCAACAGAUCGUGACUCAGGUGUUAAUGGCGACCUCUCGUGCACCAUCAUUGCUGGAAACGAGGCUGGGUACUUCUACAUGGACAGCCGCACAUGUGAAAUCCGUGCUAACGUGAGCUUGCGUGACCUAACGACUGAUCAUGUGGAGCUCAUGAUCAUGGUUCAGGAUCAUGGCAGUGAACCACUAGAAACCAGGGCUCUGCUCCACCUGGCCCUGCUGGAGAAUCCGGAGAACCUUGCUGACCCACUUGCAACAGGGGGCUUGGGUAAAGAAAAUGUUCUCGAUGCCUCCACAAUUAUCAUCAUCUCAUUGGGUGCCAUCUGUGGUCUACUGAUUAUCAUCAUGGUGGCGCUAGCUUUGCGCUGUUCACGUGACAAAAAUGACACACGCUCGUACAACUGCCGCGUUGCAGAAUCGACGUAUCAGCAGCGGCCGAGAAAACCUUCACGUCAAAUUCACAAAGGUGACAUCACACUCGUACCAACUGUUAACGGCGCACUUCCUAUUCAUCAUCACUCACCCACCACCACAGGGCCAAUCCAUCACAGCCACCAAUCACUGAACAGCAUCGUCACUGUGACAUCCAAUCAGAUCCCAGAAAGCUUUGUCCUGGAGCUGACGCAUGCCACGCCCCCUGUGGAGCAAGUUUCACAGCUGCUCUCCCUACUCCAUCAGGGUCAGUAUCAGCCUCGGCCCAGCUUCAGAGGAAACAAACACUCUCGCAACUACAGAUACACACUCCCGGACUUGGAUAAGUUCAGUCUGAAGGACAGUGGGCGGGGCGACAGCGACAGUGAUGGUGAGCUAGGUCGUGAUUCGCCAAUCGACCGGUUGCUAGGUGACGGAUUCAGCGAGCUCUUCCACAUCGACACACACAGCAGAGUCCAGUCAGCGAUGAAGCUGUGUACGGAGGAGUGUCGGGUUCUCGGUCACUCAGAUCAGUGCUGGAUGCCUUCAUUUUCUGCUGAAGAAGAGCGCCGCAGUUUCUCCACCUUUGGGAAAGAUGCUGAUGAGGAAGAGGAGAUGGAUGACGGAGGGGAAAAGUCUCUGCUUUCUGACAUCAAUUCCGUCUUCCAUCGAAUCGUCCCUCCUUCUCACACCGAUCCUGGCGACCUCACCGAAGGUUCUACCCCCUGCGGUGUCACCAACGAAAACAGGAAGUGCUUCCUGCCAGGAAACUCUCACUUUCAGAAUUCGGCUAAUCACGCAUCAAAUUCAAAAUGGCUGCCAGCGAUGGAGGAGAUCCCAGAAAACUAUGAGGAGGAUGAGAUGGAGAGCACGCUAGGAUUCCGUAAACGAACCGAGGACGAAUUUGCCGUUGAAAUUAACAAACUGUUGCUGGAUGUCCACCAGAGCUAAAGCUAAUAUCAAACCAAAUGCAGAACCGGACUGAAAACACCAUCUCUCUGUCUCUGUCUCUGUCUCUGUCUCUCUCUCUCUCUUUCUCACUCUAUAACUCUUCCUGUACUCCCAUCUCGUUUAUUAUCACUGCCCCUUGUUCACUUCCCCUCGUUCAGUUCACAUUUGAUACUCAUCAUCUUAAGGGCUGUAUAGCUGUUAGCUCGAGUGAAGUGCACUAGAUAUAAAGUCCACAUCGCAGUACACUUCAGGGUCAUGCUUAUUUAUUUACACAGAAUGCACUACUGCACCAAGCUGUUAAACACAAGCAAUAAAUGACUGAUAAUGUUAACGUUAUUAAACUCCAUGCUAGUCCAUGCAACUCAGUGUGCUAGCUAGACAUAUUUUAGCUGAUUAGCACACUUAUUAGUGGACCCUAAUGUGUCCCUGCUGAUGAUGUGCACUUAGGGGAAGUGCUCUGGGGCUCGGUGGUAACGGACUGGAGUGCAGCCGGCUAUCAGAGUGAAAUAAUCACAGAGAGACUGACAGUUAGAGACAGAUAGACAGAGACUGAAUGCUGAAGCCUGUCCCACUCCUUGAUCAUGUGACUGUGUUUUAGUGAAUAAUGUGAUUUGGAACAAAGUGCAACUACUCUUGUCUUUUUUAUUUUUAGUCUCUUUUCAAUUGUCUUAAUUUUUUAUUACACCGUGAACACAAUGUGACUGUAAAUUGCCUUUAUAAUCUGACACUGUUGUUUUUUCUAUAUUUAUAAGUGUGUGUGUGUGUGUGUUUGUACAGAAAAAUCUAUUUUUAUACUUCAGUGCAUGUAAAACUGAAAAGAAAUGCAAUUUUUGUUUAUGUACAAAUUAAUAAAAAAAAU